UGGGACGACGAGGAGGAGGAGGAGAAGGAGGAGGAGGGGGGGAGAGAGAAACAACGCAGAGAAAGAGAUCCGAAACGUUGCCCCGUUUUCCACCGAGAUGCCGCUGAUCUUCGAGAGAAGGAGGACGAACGCCAAACGCUCCGCCGUCGACGGACUAUAACUGAGAGGAAACAAGCGGAGGGAGGGGGAGGAGGAGGAGGAGGAGGGAGAGUAGAGGAGAGGGGAGGUGGGGGCAGAAAAACAAACCAAAACAGGUGCCUGCAAAGUAAGCAAAGUACGAGGAGGACGGAGUUAUCUGUCGCCUGGUCGCCACCGAGCGGGCGGUGCGUUUUACUCACGCUCCCGGGGGAGUUUUUUGGGGGAGGAGGGAGGGGGGGAGGCUUCGAUCGCCCCGAAAGAAACAAGAGAAGAAACGGCUUUUUAAUUUGACUCCCUAUUGGCCCUUUUCCCCGAAUCUGUUGCGUCCUUCCCUUUGUUUUACUUACUCCCGUUGUUGAUACAAGGUUGCUCUUUUGUUUUUUUUUUGGGAGCGCUUCUUUUGUGUGCCAUCGUCUCCCCCCCCCCUCCCCGCCCCCCGCGAUGUUCCACUGUAUCCCCCUGUGGCGGUGCAACCGUCACGUCGAAACGAUCGAUAAGCGCCACUGCUCCCUGCUGUAUGUGCCCGACGAGGUUUACCGCUACGCCCGCAGUCUGGAGGAGCUGCUGCUGGACGCCAACCAGCUCCGCGACCUGCCCAAGCCUUUCUUCCAGCUGGUAAAACUGAGGAAACUGGGCCUGAGUGACAAUGAGAUCCAGAGGCUCCCGGCAGAAAUCGCCAACUUCAUGCAGCUGGUGGAGCUGGACGUCUCUCGAAACGACAUCAUGGAGAUCCCAGAGAGCAUCUCGUACUGCAAAGCUCUUCAAGUGGCAGACUUCAGCGGAAACCCGUUAACAAGGUUACCCGAGAGUUUUCCAGAGCUGCGGAAUUUGACCUGCCUUUCAAUCAACGAUAUUUCCCUGCAGGUCCUUCCAGACAAUAUCGGAAACCUCUCCAACUUGGUGUCCCUGGAGCUCAGAGAAAACCUCCUGACCUUCUUACCAGAGUCACUAUCGCUCCUUCACAGACUGGAAGAACUCGACUUAGGCAAUAAUGAGUUGUACAACUUGCCAGAAACAAUAGGCUGUCUUGUGAGCUUAAAGGACUUGUGGCUGGAUGGGAACCAGUUGGCCGAAGUACCCGCUGAGAUGGGCAGCAUUAAGAGCCUUCUGUGUCUCGAUGUGUCGGAAAACAAACUAGAGCACCUUCCAGAAGAGUUGGGAGGCCUGCAGUCCCUCACCGACCUGCUGGUGUCCCAGAAUCUCAUCGACGCUCUACCGGAAAGCAUUGGAAAACUGGGGAAACUUUCUAUCCUGAAAGCGGACCAGAACAGACUCUCCCACCUUCCAGAGAGCAUUGGGAACUGUGAAAGUCUCACAGAGCUGGUGGUGACGGAGAACCAGUUGACGAGUUUGCCGAGAAGUAUCGGGAAACUGAAGAGACUCUCCAACUUCAACUGUGACAGAAAUCAGUUAACAUCAUUGCCUAAGGAGAUCGGCGGCUGCAGAGGCCUUAAUGUCUUCUGCGUACGAGAAAACAGGCUGACGAGGAUCCCGUCCGAGCUGUCACAAGCCACAGAGCUUCACGUGCUCGACGUCUCCGGCAACAGGCUUGCCUACCUACCGAUGUCCCUGACCACGCUGCGACUGAAGGCCCUGUGGUUGUCGGAGAACCAGUCGCAGCCUCUCCUGACCUUCCAGACGGACCAGGAUCCCGACUCGGGGGAGAAGGUGCUCACCUGUGUGCUGCUUCCCCAGCAGCCGUGCGAGUCCGACGGCAAAGGGUCGGAUAAUCUGGCCCGCUGCGGCGCGCUGGAGAGCCUGGUGAACGACAUGGUGGAUGACACGUGGGACAACAGAGACAUGAACCGGAUCAGCGCCAUUCACUUCCUGGAGGAUGACGACGACGAAGAUGACGAAAAGGGAACACUGAUGCGGCGGGCCACGCCUCACCCCGGCGAGCUGAAGACGAUGAAGAAAGCGGCCGAGAACCUCCGCAACGACCUGAACGCCGCCAAGGGCCUCGAUUCCAACAAAAACGAGGUCAAUAACGCUACAGACCGCGUAACCACGUCUGUGUGACUCUUACCUCAGAAAUGUUCUUUUACCUCCUGUGUCUCUCGCCAUGUCCUCCCGCACAAGCCCUCAGCCCGUUCUUCUUUUUUGUUUUUAACCCGAAACCCCUCGUCCCCCUUCCUCCUCCUCCUCCUCCUCCUCCACCUCCUCCUCCUCCGACACACCUGGAACACCGCAACCUUACUUCAUCUUCAGACCUGUCUCCGCUUUUGGACAGUCUGGACAGGGCCGACGAUGUGCCUUCUUGUUUUUUUGUUUUUUUUGGUUUUUAAGGAUUUCCACAGCAAUAAAUCUGCACAGAGUUUUCUCCUUUUUUAAAGAGAAAUUUCAAAGUUCUAUUACUUUUUUGUUUUUGUUUUAAAAAGGCCUAUUUCUUAAAAGAAAACAUGCAUUAGGUAGUUGCACUAUUCUAAGUCUUUAAUAUUACCAGAAAUCUUUUUAAAAUGUAUUAUAUAUUGUUCUAUAUUUUUUUGGAAACACUGGGUGAAUAUUUCUUUUUACGUUUUGGGGGGAAAAGAUAAAGCCAGGAGUUUUGGACCUACUGAUUAAGGAUUAUUGUAUAGUAAUUUGUGAAUAUUGAUACUUUUAUACAUUUUGGCAGCUCAGAUGUAAAUAAGAAAUGUAUAGCGAAUUUCUUAAUCAGUUGCAGAUUUUUAAAGCCUUUCUCUGAACUUGGUACGUUUUCCUUUUUUUUUUUUCCUUCCCUCGUUUAAAAGUAACGAACAAACUGCAGUCACUGAUGUCUUACUAAAAACCCAUAUCAUUGUAACCGGUUGAGCAGACAGCCUUGCCUCGUCCCUCUGUCCUGUCUGAAAGAUUUGGGCUAACCUCCGACUUCAUUUGAAAGAACGAAUCGGUCUUGUCGGAUCAUUUGGGACUCAGGCUCGCGCAUAGAGAUGAUGGUCCUGAAGGCCGUUAAUACGCAGCGCAGUAGGAUUGUUCAGAGGUGAUAAGGCUGUCUCCAUUUAUCUGCUGUGCUCUGCUGCUUUGCUAAUGCAAAACAGUACUGUGUAGACUCACCUCUUAGAGUUUCAUCAGCUUUCUUCUGAAUAAGGUAUCAUGGAUGGGGUCCCUUUAAAAAUGCAAGUUGUUAGAAGUUUUUCCUUUGAUGCACUUCUCCGGGUUUAUUGCAUCUUACCAAGAGAAAACCUAUUCCUUUAUAUGGUACACUACACAUUUUGUUAUUGUUUUUAAUCUGAUUUUGAGAAAAGAGCCGUAGGAAGUGGGCUCUGCUGUUGAUUUUUAUCUCUCGAUACUUUUCCUCUAAUGAUCAAAAAUGCACAAAACGCCGAUCUCAGUUAGUCGUGGACACUGAGCCACUAGAGAUUUUAAUGACUUAACCACUGAUCCAAUAAAAUGGGUGC